AUGGACGGACUACAAGGCCCUCAAAUUGAAGCAUUACAACAGCUACAAAGUAUCCUUGGUCCACAUGACACGGAAUUUGUGGUCAGUGUACUUGAAAGUGUCUCAUGGGAUGUUCAAAAAGCCACAGACCUACUAUUCGACAAUGAAACUCCCAAAGUUAUAGCACCAACACGGACCACUCCAAUGGAACAGUUGGAGCUAGAUGACAAUGAAGACUCGUCACCCACAAUCCGACAUUCUCACCGUGGUCAGGGUGUAAGAACAUUCAAUUAUCUAGCUGUCUAUGGACACUCGCGGUCAAAUUGGAGUUUCUUAUGGUCUCUACUCGCUGUUCCAUUGCACCUUGUGUCGGGAGUUUUGCGCUUCGUGUUUAAUGUUCUCCGCAUACCAAUACCGUCCCUACCGUUCAUGACUACAAAUUCCUAUCAUUCUCACCGCCCUACCUCUCCUGAUUCACGCAGCAUUACCCAGAGGUGGGUGCAACAACUCGAGGAGGAAACAGGUGCAUGUUCCGCAAAACGUUCCAUGGCGAACGCGGUCACGACAGGAUUCGAGGCAGGCCCCUCAACUGCAAGACGUCAUACAUAUCCACCUGCGGCUUCGGAUGAUAAUCAGAAAAUUCUACCCGACUUUUUUGAUGGCACCUAUGAAGAGGUUCUUGACAUUUGUCAGAGAGAAGGGCGCAUAGCAUGCGUUGUCCUCGUGAGCGCUGAACACGAUGAUGAUGCAGAUUUUAAGAGGUCUACCCUUACCGACGCAGCUUUCGUCAAGAUCUUGCUGGAUAAUGAUUUCAUUGUCUGGGGUGGGGACAUCCGGGACAAAGCUGCAUGGGAUGCCUCGCAGAAAUUGCAAGCAACUACGUAUCCCUUUGUGGCUUUCCUCGCGCUUCAGCCCAGGCGCCAUGGCGCUCCUUCUGGUGCUUCCCCGGUUGUCACCACCCUAUCACGUCACCAGGGUCGCGCAGCCACAACUGCUUCGGUAUUGAUCGACCAUCUCAAUACGCAGCUACUUCCACGUGUAACACCGUUCCUUGUACGAUUCAAGACAAUGUUACAGGACCGUGACCGUGACCGGCGUAUACGUGAGGAGCAGGAUCGCGCAUUCAGGGAGACGGCUCGUAGAGAUCGCGAGGCCAUCGAGAUGAGAGUGCGACAAGAGAAAGAGGAGGAGGAACGUGUACGACAGCAUGCAGAGGACGUAAAAAGAAAGCAGGAAGAUUCGGCGAGGCAGAAGCAUCAAGCCGGAAUACGUAUGGAGUGGAGGAAGUUCAUGCGUAACCGUCUCCUGUUACCCGAGGCGCGCGGCUUGAGACUGGCCGUCAAAUUGCCCGGCAAUGGACGAGUUGUCCGCAGUUUUCCUCCAUCGGCGACCCUUACCGCUCUCUAUGCCUUUGUUGACUCGCAACUUAUCCCAUCCACUUCUCGUCCAGAAGAUGACCCUUCGCAAGCACCGGAUGGAGUUGUCAAUGAUAUCCCACAGCUUGAUUCUUAUAUUCAGAGCAGGACGGCAGGACACGCGUGGUGGGGCUUUACACUUGCUUCAGCCUACCCCCGGAGGGAAUUUAGGUGGAAGGCGGAUGUAUCUUUGACAGAGACAGGAUUGAGAGAUGGAGAGCAAAUUGUCAUGGAAUUAAUCACCGGACGUGAGUCCUCUAAUGGUCAGAUCUCUGACGACGAGUACGAGUCAGAAAGCGACUAG